AUGGACGCGUCGAAAAACGAGGACAUAGCUCCUGUAAAAUGGAGCAAGAAGAGAAAGAUUGGAUUUUGGGCUUCGGUUAUUUUCGUUCUUUGUUGUACCAUCGGCGCCAUUCUUCCUCCAAUUUUAACUCGAUCUUCAAAAACAACGCCGUCGACCACGACAACAACUCCAUCGACGACAACAACUUCAAAAACUACGAUUUCGACUUCAAAAACAACAACAACGAUGCAGACCUCUCAAAGCACUGAAAAAACAAAAACAACGAAAGAAGAUACGACAACCAUGAUAACCACUGAAGAAUCAAAAACAACAGCAAUAAAUUCUCCACCACAAAAAUUCGGACACAUUUGCAAGGAUUAUGAUGGCGAUGGUUGUAAUGGGAGAUAUAUGACUUAUUAUGAUGGAUAUCUUUAUGCCGAUAAUGAUGCUUUGAUGCGCAAUGCAUCUGUUGUCCUAUUAGACAAUGAACAUGUCAAAUUUGGAAUAGUCGACCCUGAAUAUGAUAAUAUCUAUUAUGCCUACCGUUUUAAUGGGUACGAAGAUGGUGCUUAUAUAGAAACGGAUACUAAUGACCAUGUUAUGAGUUAUUUUGACGACUACCAGUUCGGCGAUGGAAAUAAAGAUCAGUGGGGAUCAGCCUUUGAUUCUGACUACGGUUUCGGGCAAACCCCUCAGGAUACAGCUGUUACAAUGCCGCAGGCAGCAGAGACAUCGCAGUGGGCUCCUGUCGCUCCCAUGAAUAAUAACACAAGCUCUUCAUUCAACACCAAUUCUCACUUUUCUCCAGUCCAAGCAGCUCCACUCCAAGCUGCUCCGAUCCAAGCUGGUCCAGUGACUCCAGUCCAAGCUUUACCAGCCGCGGCCCCUCAAGAACAUGUAGAAAUUUAUCGAGCGCCGAUUUUACGAUCUCAUGCAGAUCUUGUCAUCGAUCCAGAAAUGAAACUUUUGUAUAAAUUACAAGAGAAAUUCAGAGCCGAGAAAGGAGCCGACAUUCAAUUGCGAAAAGAAAGACUCUAUCAAUUUCUACUGAUCAUUCAAAGCCGAGAUAUAAAUUUCGGCGAUCGUCCGGCCUCGUUUCCUCUAACAGCUGCGAAUUUCCGAGAAGCCAGCCCAAGUUUUGUGAGCUACGUUAUUGGUGGAGUCCUUCCAGGCGUUCAACAAGAUUUGGCUCCAUGCGCUAACUCUUCUUACGAUGAUCGUCUCUAUCAAUUUCCGGUAGAAAAAACCUUUUGUGGAGACAAACCAAUGUGGGACGAGACAAAGCCUCCUUCAGAAGAAGACAUGAUGAUCAUGGAAGUUACUGGUUGGAGCAAAGAACAACUGUACGCAGGAAUGAAGGAGGUCCAAACAGCAUUGACCUAUCAAUACAACGCCUUCAUGAUCAUAAGAUGUGCUGCGCCCUUCGUCUUUUUCAUAUGGCUCAUGAUGGCUCUCAACGGUAGAGAUCACAAUGAGAGACGAAAUGAUCAGUGGUCGUCAGUCGAAACUUAUCGAGUAGCACCAAUAGAAAUUGACGACAAUGAAAAUAUUUUGCACAAAAUCCAGAAGAAAUUCAGAGCUGACGAGUUUGCCCAUCUUCGUUUGCGAAAAGAAAGACUUCGUCAAUUUUUACAAAUUAUUCAAAGCCGCGACAUCGAAAUGUUCCCUCAAAUAGGCAAUAAAAAGGGACCACCGAAAUUUCCCUUGACUACUGAAAAUUUCAUAGAAGCAUCUUCAAGUUUCGUUGCUUUUGUUAUUCAUGAGGUUUUUCCAGGUGAUCCUGCGAAUAACAGUACUUUUCGUAUCUCAAAUCGGCUUUGUUAUCCUGGCUGUUUACUGAGGGUUUGUUGUUGCUGGAAUUCGCACGACGACCGACUUUAUCAAUACCCAGUGAAAGCGACUUUCUGUGGAAUAAAAUCGGCUUGGGAUGAAACAAUGCCGCUUUCGGAUGAGAAUCGGAUGAUUAUGGAAAUUACUGGUUGGAGUAAAGACCAACUAUACAAUGGAAUGACAGAACUUCAAGAAAAAUCAAUAAACGGUUCCGAAAUUUCUUGA